GCAUCACCUCCAGCUCUCCAUUCGUGCCCCGCAGAAGUCGACGAUAGUAGCAUCCCUCUCGAAGCCAAGGUGCUCCGAGAAAGACGGGGCGGGGGAAGAGAGAAAAGCAGCCGCCAACCAAAGAGCAGCUUCUCCGGCCGGGCUAAUGAGAGGAGCACCAAGCAGAAGAUGCCUGAGAUCCCGGGGCAGCCGGCGGUCGUCCUCACCUCAGCAGCGAUGCCGAGGAGCCCGGGUCCAGCUGCUGCGCCGACUCUGAAGGGGAGCGCUGCAAACGUGCAGGGCACGUGUAAGACAAAGAGGCGUUUCUCGUUGUGGGAAGGCACUUGUGCGGCUCGCGAGAGCUCGCUCGCAGCCGCCCUUCUGCACAGCCGGCGCGGGCCCGGGCUGCCUGCGCUCCUUCUCUUUCUGGGGUUUCCAGUUGACAUGGAGAGACAUGCAUUUGACUUAACAGCCGGAAUCAAUGAAUUGUAGUGCCAUCUGCAGGGAGAAAGGGUCAUAUCUGAUAUGGCAUUUUUGCGCUUCAGUAUUUUGAGGAAAAGAGGCUCACUUGCUCUGAAACUAUUAUGUCUUACUCUUCCUGUGAUUGUUUUCUGUGAAUUUUUAAUUUAUUAUGUAGUUAUAAUUCAGUGUCACUGGCCUCAAGUGAAAAAGACUCCAGAGGGCAGAGAACAGACCUCAGAGUCUGUCUUGAAAGCUGUGUUUUUAGCAGAUACCCAUUUGCUUGGUGCAAUCCAAGGACAUUGGUUGGAUAAGCUAAGGAGAGAAUGGCAAAUGGAAAGAGCCUUCCAAACUGCUCUAUGGCUGCUGCAGCCAGAAGUUGUUUUUAUUUUAGGUGAUAUCUUUGAUGAAGGGAAAUGGAGCUCUUCUCAGGCUUGGUCAGACGAUGUACGACGCUUUCAAAGGAUGUUUAGGCAUCCAGCCCACACUGAGCUAAUUGUAAUCGUUGGCAACCAUGACAUUGGCUUUCACUAUGAAAUGACUGAAUUCAAGUUAAAACGCUUUUCACAAGUUUUCAAUUUCACUUCAGAAAAGUUGGUAACUCGGAAAGGGAUAAACUUUGUCCUGGUGAACAGUGUUGCAAUGGAAGGAGAUGGCUGCAAAAUCUGCAGGACGGCAGAGGCAAAGCUUGCAGAGCUCUCUCACAGACUGAACUGCUCGUUGCAGGAACAAAGUCAGUACCAAAAGAAGUGCAGCAAUGUGGACAAACUUCCAUCUUCAUCCCCAAUACUAUUACAGCAUUAUCCUCUUUAUAGAAUAAGUGACUCUCAAUGUACAGGCGAUGAUGCUGCUCCUCUGGAUAAAAGGAAUGACCCUUUUACAGAGAAGUAUGAUGUGCUUUCUAUGGAAGCUGCUCAAAAGUUAUUAUGGUGGUUUCAGCCCCGGCUGAUUCUGAGUGGACACACCCACAGUGCCUGUGAAGUGUUGCAUAAUGGAAAAAUUCCAGAAAUCAGUGUUCCGUCAUUCAGCUGGAGGAACAGAAACAAUCCUAGUUUCAUAAUGGGCAGCAUGACAUCAACAGACUUCUCCCUCUCCAAGUGCUUCCUUCCAUUUGAGAACACAGUUGUUGCUAUCUACUGUGCAGCAGGAGCUGUGCUUGUGCUCCUCAUACUAGCUCACUUUCAGACUCUCUACGUCUUUCCUUUCCCAUUUAUUCAGCGUUUAAUCACUAAGCAUAAAGCAGUAUGAAGAGCUGGACAUUUGUAAUCGGUCACUGGCACACCAAAGCUAAAGAACAGUCCAUCAGACUACAUUCAUGCCAGCAAAUGCGUACUUGAAUUGCUAGCCCAGAGGCAGGGUUGCCUUUACACACAGGAAGUCCUAUACAGUUGAUAUGACUUUUUUUUCUACAGGAUUAAAUUAACUGAAUGCUUCAUGCUGUACAAAAAUAUUGUAUUCUACAAUCAAAUGAGUCGUUUUUCCUUGCUAAAGUUUUUUUUUGUAUCAAACAUGUAUAUUAAAAGUUUGUAACUGUA